UGUCUAGGUCUGGAGAGGAUUUGACGCUCUGGGAGCCUCUUAGCUGCUGCCACCCGUUUGGAGUCCCACAGCUGCUUGCAGAUUGCUGUUAAGACAAGGGCAUUGAGUCCUGAGCAAGGAAUCAGCACAUCAGGUCUGAGUGAGCACCCUCUGGAGAAACUCGGUGCCUGAUCCUGCUGUCUGUGUGAUGUGGGGGAACGAGGCGUGUUGUCAGCAUCCUGCCAUCUCUCCGAGGUUGUGCUGUAGGCCCGUUGGAAGACAAACACCCGAGCUGAGUGAAGGCUCUCGGCGGUGACCUGAUCCCUCUGCCAUUUCCUCCGGACUCCCAGUGCUGCCUUCCUUCGGCCAAAUUGGACCAGUGCUGAGCAUCUGUCCCCCGGAGGGGGGCUUUGUGGUUUCAGGGCAGGUUUGAAAAAGUGAAGACUCCGCAGAACCACAGCUCCCGUGGGAGUGAGUCAGUCCCGUGUCAUGGGUUGGAUACCCUCCGUCUCUGGCACUCGGUAGUAAGAAGUUGAUUUUGGGUGGAGGAUCCAGAAGUUUUGGGGGCGCUCGGAUGCGAGUGGUGGCUCAGCAGGGGCCCUGAAAGAAUCCCUCUGCUUCCCAGCAGCACAUGGUGGCUGGCUGCUGCUGUGAACCUUAGGGGAAGACGAACAGAUGCAGAGACAUGCACAGAGCCAGCUCCUGAAGUUGUGAUUGAUGGUAACUCCAAGUCAGAUUUGCAUAUUUUUCCAUCCCCUCAGGAACUUCCUGGUUCAUGUGAUUUUGAGCUAAUACCUACUCUUUUUUUGUGUGUUUUUGUGUUUUAAUUCCGUGCGUUGAAGGCACUGCUGGCUCUGAGAAUCGGCUGGAAGAUAGCUGGGUACUUCUUAUUUAAAAAAUAAAUAAAUAAAUUCCCACUGUGGUGUCAUGAAAAAGCCCAGCAGGUAGUAAUGACUGCUGCUCUCCCUAGGGAAUUAGAGUGCUGCAAAAAUCUGAGAGGCAAGAGGGAUGCCACAGGCCGUUUUAAAGGUAAAAAUCACGUCUCUUUCCUACUGCGUGACGUCUCAGAGUGCUGUGCAUCACCAAAGCUUCCCAGAGCUGAAAGAGAGUCAAGAGAUUUUGUCUAGCUGCCCUCCAGUCUGCGUCCUUGUCAGCCUUCUGUGCAGCAAGUCCCAAACAGUGCCAGGGUUUUGGAGGCUUCCUGGGAAUACAGAGGCAGCACAGUUUAGGGCCUAAGAAACGCUGGCUAUGUGGAAUUCUGUUCCUGUGGCUGGCCUGGGUGUAACAUCGCAGCCCGUCGUGACUCUCAUCGAAUGGAACUGCUCCUGCAGCUUCAGUUGGAGGCAUGGCUGCAGCGCAGGGGACUGCAGAUUAAACCCCAAUUAAGGUUGUCUACUGAGACUUGAACGUAAAGUAAAACCAUAUGAGGAAAGAGAGAUCAAAAAACCACUGAAGGCAACAGAAUAAAUCCAGUCUCAAGCAGACAGCUGGACGAGCGUCAAACAAAGCGAGGAACAGCUGGAUCAAAGAGACGGAAACACGGAGAAGCUGAAGAAAUGGAGCAACUAGCAAAACUCCUCCUGUGGCAGCUCGUGCUUCAGCAAAGUUCUGUUGAUUUAUAUUCAGUCCCGGCCGAUGCCUCCAACCCCAACAGCGUGGUAGUGUCCGUGCUGAACAUCAGCGCCACGCUGGGCUCGCAGGCUGUCCUGCCCUGCAAGAGCUACCGCAUGGUGUGGACCCAGGAUCGCCUCAACGACCGGCAGCGCGUGGUGCACUGGGACGUCUACAGCACCUACUACGGGGACAACAAGAUGGAGAGGCUCUGCGACAUGUACUCGGCGGGGGAUCAGCGUGUCUACAGCUCCUACAACCAAGGGAGGAUCUUCAUGCCGCAGAACGCUUUUACGGACGGCAACUUCUCUCUGGUGAUCAAAGAUGUUGCAGAGAGUGACGGAGGCAUUUACUCGUGCAAUCUCCACCACCACUACUGCCACUUGUACGAAACUGUGAAAAUCCAACUGGAUGUCACCAAGAAAGCCAAAGCAGCGAAGGAGUACUGGGACGGGGAGAAGGCCGUGAUCGUCGCCCUGGAAGGCAGCACGGUGAUGCUUCCCUGCGUGAACAGGAACCAGAUCUGGACAGAGCGGCACAGCGAAGAGGAGCAGCAGGUGGUCCACUGGGACAGGCAGCCCCCGGGGGUCCCCCACGACCGCGCCGACCGCCUGAUCGAUCUGUACGCCUCCGGAGAGCGCCGCUCCUACGGCCCGCUCUUCAUCCGCCAGAAGAUGAACAUCACCGACACGGCCUUCGCCCUGGGGGACUUCUCCCUCCGCAUUUCAGAACUGGAAAGCGCCGACGAAGGCACCUACUCCUGCCACCUGCACCACCACUACUGCGGCCUGCACGAGAGGAGGAUCUACCAAGUCUUUGUGACAGAGCCCGUGAGGGAGAAGAAGGUGGUGAACCUCACAACCCACAACACUGCCCCAGCCGUCGAUCACAACGUUGUCAGGGGCCACAACGUGAUAAACGUCAUCAUCCCCGAGGGCCGCAUCCACUUCUUCCAGCAGCUGGGCUACGUCCUGGCGACGCUGCUGCUCUUCAUCGUCCUCCUCAUCAUCGUUGUCCUCAUCACCCGCAAGCGCCGGCAGAGAGGCUAUGAAUACAACGUGAAGAAAUAUGGAGAGAAGGAUGUAAAUCUUAAAGAAUUUACAGUCGACACAACAGAUCUGACCCAGUACAGAAGUGAAGACAUCAGGCUGGAUUACAAAAACAACAUCCUGAAGGAGAAGGCUGAGCAAGCCAGAACCUUCCCAGCAAAGAACAUCGACUUAGACAAAGAUUUCAGGAAGGAAUACUGUAAAUGAAGACGUUCCCAAGCUGCUGGCUGGACCAGAAGCUUCAAUCAAAGAUAGAUAAAUGGAAAAGAGAUGCCUUUUCUUGAUACCAUGUCCCUCCAGUUACCAUACAUUUUUCAUGUAGAGUUUCUCCCCAGUAAGCACAAGGGUAUUUGCAAAUGCUUCCCAAAAGAGUUAGACCAUCUGUCUUGUGUGCACUUAUGAUGGGUUUUGGUUUACUUUUCUUCUUUUGUUCUCCCAGUCCUCCCUUCCCCUUUUCUUUCUGACAUUAUUGUUGUUUUUAUGCAUCAAUGAUUUUUAUGAGCUGAAUCAGCAGACCUUUUGCUUUGACGUUACUGCUUAAAAUAAACCAACCUGCAUCACUAUUCCUGAGCCAUCAUUAUAUCAGGCAUUUUUCCGUGCAGUGCAUUCAUUAGAAAAGGAAUAGCAAAGCCUGAUUGUGAUCUCUCGUAUGCUGGUGUAAAUCAGGAGAAAUGGUACUGUCACUUAGCACUUUACGUGUUCCAGGUGAAAUAGAGACUAAUUCAACCCUUCACAAACAACAAUGUAAAUACCUCAUUUUACGAAUGGGGAAAUGCCAAUAUCCUCAUUUUAUAGGGGAAAGGGAGGCACACAGAUUUAGUUUCUUGCCACCAAGGUAGUGUUGGGAUCAGUUCCAAAGAGCUCUGGAAGCCUCAUUUUGUAUUUCUCACUCUAAGCUUGUUUGUUGAUUUGUUUUUGUUUCAGUGCAGACCAAAUCAAAUUUGGCACGAGCAGACACUUUCAGCUGAAGUUGAUGGAGUUACAGUGCUGUAAUGCCAGUGUCAGUUAGAUCAGAUCCAGGAAUAAUAUGGAGAGGGCUAAACUCCUGUGUGGAAUCUGGAGAGUGAUUUUCCUGCAGUCCUGGGGUGGAUCCUGCCCACACAGAGCUUGUGUGCACAUCAAACCAAAGGUAUGAUCACAGCACAGGUAGACAGAGCGAUAAAAAGAACAGCUUUCCAUGAGCUGAUCAUGAAGAAUGAGAGUAUCAACACUACUCCACUAUCAGGCACGGUCCACAGUCCCCAAAGGGGAGCUGAGGAGGGAUAAGAGUAUUCUUGUGAGUUUUGCCAUCAUUUUGGGGAGCAGAUGCCUGAGACAGAGGGGCUGUGGGCUGAAGGGAAGCUCUACGUAUGAGCAGGUGGGAUGUCCAAACAUUUGCAAGUGAGUAAUUCAGUGUUAAAAUCCAAGCAAGGUAAAGCCUCGGGAACACCAUAAGAUAUUAACCACUCUACACAGCUACUCUGGCUGCUUGGGACGUGCUGCAGCACCGCUCCCAAAACAGGGCACAGAUGAAAAGAAGGUGUUUCUUGCCCGUGUGGGCAUGAUGGCAGUGGCUCGUGUUCCUGUGUAAGGGUGUAGGUGGCCAAGGAUUGCCAGCCUACUCUUUGGUGGUCCGAAGAGAAUGGCAGAGGAAGGGACUGUGUGGGCUCGGUGACUGAAUGGAACUGGGGUAGGGUCUCCAGGAUGUUGCGAGUGGUGGAAGUGUGAAGAGGAGCUUGUGUGGAGCUGCUGUGAGGGUGAGGUGUGGCUGUGGACUUGAAGCAGUGCUCUGCUUGCAGCUGGUAUCCCAGCAAGGAUUUCUUCCUGGGGAUGAGAACCUGAGGUCUUUCCUCGGACCACAGCUACUUCAUCCCCAGCAGAGGAGCGUGGUGGAUGCUGAUUUGCAGCUACUUAUGCUGGAGCUGAGCUUAGCCCCCUAGCUCUGCUUCCUACAUAGCAGAAGAGCUGUUGUGUGCUCGGAAGCUGGGCUGAGUACUGCAGCACACACUUUACAGGAGUGGGAAAUGGACCAUGUCAGUUUUUAUAGAUAUUCCCACUUCUCUCUGCUAGCGAGGACUGUCUUAAAUGGCAAAUAUAUUGGGGACCCUUAUUUUUAAUGCCUUCAAAGAUUGCAGAAUCUUAAUGACAGGAAAAUAAUACAAGUGGAGGUGAGCCUGUGCUACAGCUGUGCAGUUCCUUAUCGUCCUACAGCUUGCACAGCCCUCCUGCUGUUCUCUAGACAAUUUCUGUGAGUUCUGCCUCUCCCUUCACUCAGCACACCUGUGUGGAAGUGCUCAGGGUGGGCAGAGCCAUGGCUGGUGGCGAGGAGGGCACGGAGUCGGCCCAGGUCCCUGUUUGCUGCCCUUCCCCCUGAGCAGACAGCCGUUCCGAGGUUGCCUUUGGCUGGACCUGAUUGAAACCCAAGCUGCAUUCCUGCAGGUGUGUAGGGCUGCGCUGGUUAUUCCAUCAGGGUGGCACAGUCUCAAGUAAUUGCCACAAAUGUCUUUCUCCCUCCCUUUCAUGUCUGUGAGUCAAAGGUUGGAGAUCUCUACUUGCCAGUUCAAAUUGCUUAGCGUAGCUCACGGAGACACCAGCUCAAAAUGGGGUUACUCAUAAACUCCAGAGGCAUUUAAAUAUUUUAUUGGACUUCUAGGCUGCAAAAUAGCUUAAGGGGAGAGAAAUUAAUAUGUUCUCUGAAACAAGCACUAGGAAGGGCUUGAUGAGUUCAUCCUUGCUUUGAUCACAAGCUUGAAUUUGGGUAAUGGUCGUAUGUGCCAGGAUAAUCCUAGACUGACCAAAAUAGGAGACCAAAGCUGAGAUUACGGCCAUUUGCUCUUCAGGAGAGGCACAUGCUGUGUGACUGGGCUGGGGAUCAUAACAGCGGUUUUCAAAAGCAGCCUGCCACAUCCAGCGUGUAAUUUACUAAGUUAAAAUUCCGGCUGAAAGAGAUCCAGGCAGGACUGCUGGAUAACCACUUGUGUGUUUUCUAACUGCUGAAAAAAAAGAAAAAAGAGCAAACUGAAUGCUAAACUACAGAGUUGUUUUUUGUUUUUUUACACGUGCACUUUGUAUUCUGCCAGUCGCUGGCACUGCCAUGAAGUCUGUGUGGCCGAGCUAGUGUCAGAACCUGCCUUGUAAAGGAGGUUGGACACAGGGGAGGUCACUGAGAGAAGAAAUCAGCUGUAAAGGAUGGUUCUGCCUUAGAAGUGAGGAGCCAUAAGGUAGAGGAAGCCUCCCCAUCAGUGUGCAUUUGGCGUUUUAUUUGACUUUUAACUUGGAGCAGUGCAGCAGAGUUGGGUCAAUUGUUGUCCAAGGAAGCCCUGCGUGCAGUAAGGGACACGUUUUGGUGAUGGGACUCAGGUCAGGCUGAUGGUUGAGCUUGAUUAUCUUGGAGGUGCUCUGCAUCCUAAAUCAUUCUGUGAUCUUGCACAUGAAAAUUAGAAGGCUGGACUUGCAAUUAACCACUAGACUAGGGACAGGGCUGGUUUCUGUUCCCACUCUGCCAGAGACGCAGUGUGAUUCUAGACGGGUUGGUUUUCUCUCUCCCAUCUCUCGUCUCAACCUUUCUCUCUCUAAUAUGGGACAUUAACUUGCCUCUCAUGGAGAAACAACGUUUAAAUAUUUGUAUAGUCCUUUGAGAAUGAGUAAGGUGUUUUACUUGAGUUAUUCAAAGCAGUAUUCCACUGUACUCAUGGAAUGUUGCAUCUUGAUGAACACCUUUCCCUGUCACUUUGCAGGCUCUUGGCAGGCUUUGUUAACCCCUAAUAUUUUUUAUUUUAUUAUUAUUAUUAUUUUUUUUUAACACCAAUUACUUCUCUGACUCAGUGAAGGCAGAGAAUCGAAAGUCUCUUGUAGGGUUUUUGAAUUUUAGGCACUGUAAGCCCUUGUUGUGGAACAAGGCAAGGGUGUACAGCAGUGACCCCAGAAGGGGUUGUGCUAAAUGCCAGCUGGGCUCAGACUGACUCAGUUCUUUGAAGGAAGAACUUUCAAAAAGCUUUCUUCAUAAAGAAAACGGUCCUUUAUUUUAGGUUUUAUUUCAGUUUGGGGAACUGAGAGUUUUUAAGCCUUGUGUUUUUGUGUUUGAAGUAAUUAAAUUGUUAUGGUUUUCUUAUGUUUUCCUUUAUCUAGUUAGGAAAACUGCAGCGCAGGUAUUUUUUUGCACCAGUGUUCAUGUUUGUCUUGGCUUUGUUACUCAAUUUGUCUUCUAUAAACUUGUUCAUAAGCAACAAAAUAUGGUUUUAAUCACUGUAAGAAAGCUAUAACCUAUAAUAAUAUUCUUUCCCUCUUUUAUCAUUAUAUGGUAAUUUGCAGGAGAGAGUUCAUGUAUGCAAAUUGUAGGCUUAGCUUAGUGAAGAUGACAUUGCCAUGAUCUUAAUUGGACAUAAAUAGAAGGGAUGCUUAUCUGGAGGAAGGAAAAUGAGUACAGAUGAAAGAGUAAAGCACCUGCAUGGGACCAGGGACUUGGAAAAAUGAGCAGAAGAGGGAAGAGCCCAUUUUGGAGAGUCUGGGGAAAAAUAUUGUUUUCUGUGAGCCGAUGAGGUUUUAAUUGAAGAGUUAGGGAGUUUAAUUGGAAUGGAAGCUCAUGUAUUUGUAUAGCUCUCAACAGUCACUGUACAAAUGCUUAAAAAAUAGGGAUUAUGUAAACCAUAUUUUUUUAAGGUAAAAUUAAUUAUACACCUGCUUCUUAGUAAUUCAAAGUGGUGGCAAAAGGGGGAAUGGUUUUGUAAAUGGGAAACUCCUGAGUGCUGUGGGAAACCCUACGGGUGGGACUGGUGGGUGCAGUGCCCAGGGUGCCUGCAGCACUGCCAUCUGUGACUUCAACGAGGGAAACAAGUGGUGAUUCCUCCGCUGUGAUCCCAGUCACUCUGUGUGAGGCUCUGCUUACAGCAGCCCCGUAGAAAAAGGCUGGGAGUAGGGCAGCAGUUUUGAGCACCCAGCACCUACACCCUGUGUACUUCAGGUGGGGAAGGCUGCUUUUUACUUCAGCCAGUCUCAUCCUCUGGACUGGAGAUACUGUGGCCGGAGAAUGCUUUUUCAGUUCAAUUUCCUUUGAAAUAAAUGCAGCUUGUGCAUUUAAGGCUGGUUCAUAACGCACUCUCGCCAGAAGAGACACAGAAGGCCACUGGCAUAACAGGGCAGAAACAGAGCCCAGCCCCUUCCUUUCUGCUUUGUGUGCACAAUGCUUCCUCUCAAGGCUGAGAGGAGGACUUGGUCCAUAGAAUUUGUUUCGUUCUUUGUUGCCUCAGAAUUAAUUUCCAUUAUUUCUGUUACUUAACUUUGCCAUUUAUCAUUGUUGUGUAACUCUCCUAACAUUUAAGAAAUAAAGGAGAAUAUAAUAGA